CUUACACAUCAGCCUUUAUCCAUCCGAGGAGAAUCAUCUCUAAAGCUCUUCGAAAUCACUGUUUGGACUUCAAGUCUGGUGCGCACCGCUGAAUCAUGCAGCACACGUUCAGAGCCAUCACACACUCUCCAGGGAUACUCAUCUGGAGGAUCGAGAAAAUGGAUCUUGUUUUGGUGCCAGAAAAAUUUCAUGGACAGUUUUAUGAAAGUGACUGCUAUUUAUUGCUCUCAACACGCAAAGCUGGCAAAUCUGCAUACUAUGACGUUCAUUACUGGAUAGGCUCCGUGUCGACACUGGAUGAACAGGGAGCUGCUGCUGUCUAUGCCAUUCAGCUGGAUGAGUUCCUGGGCUCCUCUCCUGUCCAGCAUCGCGAGGUGCAGCACCACGAGUCCAGCAUCUUCUGUGGAUAUUUCAAGCAGGGCAUAAUUUAUAAUUCAGGAGGGGUGUCAUCGGGAAUGAACCAUGUGGAGACAAACACUUAUAACAUUCAGAGACUGCUGCAUGUGAAAGGAAAAAGGAAAGUGACUGGCACAGAGGUGGAAAUGAGCUGGAACAGCUUUGACACUGGGAGUGUCUUUCUGCUGGAUCUUGGCAAGACCAUUCUCCAGUGGAAUGGCCCUGAAAGCAACAAACAAGAACGCCUGAAGGGCAUGAUGCUGGCCAAGGACAUCAGGGAUCGUGAGAGAGGGGGUCGGCCAGAAAUCGGCGUGAUUGAGGGGGAUGCAGAGGCAAACUCCCCGUCAUCAAUGGAAGUGAUGGUGAGCAUUUUGGGUGAACGGCCCUCUAAACUGCCCAGCGGGACUCCGGAUGAAAUAACUGACCAGGAGCAGAUGUCUAAGCUCACCCUCUAUCAUGUGUCGGACGCUAAUGGAGCUAUGAAUAUCACAGAGAUUGCAACCAGUCCACUCACACAGGACAUGCUGAAUCACGAUGACUGCUACAUUUUGGACCAGGGGGGGAUGUCAAUAUUUGUGUGGAAGGGAAAGACAGCCAACAAAGCAGAGAGACAAGCAGCAAUGACCAGGGCUCUGGAGUUCAUUAAAAUGAAGGGUUACCCACUCACUACUAAAGUGGAGGCUAUCAGUGACGGAGGAGAAUCGGCUCUCUUCAAACAACUCUUCAAGAGCUGGACUGUCAGAGAGCAGACAGCAGGUCUGGGCCGGACACACACUGUAGGGAGAGUGGCUGAUGUCACUCAAGAGAAGUUUGAUGCCGCUAGGAUGCAUGUGAUGCCUGAUGUUGCUGCACAGGAGCGCUUGGUGGACGAUGGCAGCGGACAAAAGCAGGUGUGGCGCAUUGAGAAUUUGGAGAUGGUGGAGGUGGAACCUGAAAUGCAUGGAUACUUCUAUGGAGGCGACUGCUAUCUGAUUCUGUACAGCUAUGAUGUUAAUGGCAGGAACAGCUACAUUCUUUACAUGUGGAAGGGACGUCAUGCGUCUCAGGACGAGGUAACGGCCAGUGCGUAUCAGGCUGUGACUCUGGACCAGCAGUAUGGAGGUCAGCCUGUUCAAGUCCGAGUCUCCAUGGGGAAGGAACCACGGCACUUCAUGGCCAUCUUCAGGGGCAAGAUGGUUAUCUUCGAGGGAGGGACGUCCAGAAAGAGCGCCCCGGAGCCAGAGCCGCCCGUUCGUCUGUUUCAGAUCUACGGCUCUCACCCGACCAAUUCAAAAGCUAUAGAGGUGCCAGCUCUGGUGGCCUCGCUCAACUCCAAUGAUGUCUUCCUCUUGAAAAGCCAGAACGGCAUCUACCUGUGGUAUGGCAAAGGGUCCAGUGGUGAUGAAAGGGCCAUGGCAAAGGACGUGGCCUCCUUUAUUGGUCGAGGCUCAUCAGAGGAGAUCAUGGCUGAGGGACAGGAGCCAAAUGAGUUCUGGGAAAUCUUAGGUGGAAAAGGACCAUAUGCAAGUGACAGAAGAUUACAGCAGGUUACUCUAGAUCAUCAACCGCGUCUUUUUGAAUGCUCCAAUAAGACCGGCCAGUUUAUUGCCACUGAGGUAACCCAGUUCACACAGGAUGAUCUGAGAGAGGACGACGUCAUGCUUUUGGACACGUGGGAUCAGGUCUUUCUUUGGAUAGGAACUGAAGCCAAUGAAGUGGAGCGUAAGGAAUCUGUGACAACUUGCCAGGAAUACCUGACUAGACAUCUCUCUGACGAGGAUUUCCAGACCGUACUUGGACUCUCCAGAGAAGAGUUUGACAGUUUGCCUCAGUGGAAACAGACGACCAUUAAGAAGGAAAAGGGAUUGUUUUGAAAAGUGAUGUAUGGUUUGUAAGUGCUGGUAGUGGGAAGAGGGAACACAGACGCAUCUAUAUUUCCUAUUUCAAAAUCUUUUGUCAUAAUUGAUAUCACUAAUGUAAUCGUUCAUAUGCUCCAGACACAAUAAGCAUAUUGCAGUUUAAUUGCGGGACUUGUGCUGUUUUUGGUGAAAGCAAAUUAAAAAUAUGUAUAUUUACAAUA